AUGGUUGUCAAACAGAUUGACCUAGUGUGGAAAAGGAGAUUUGAAAUCAUGGUGUCAAGAUUAGAUAGCAUCUGCCCUAUGACUGAUAUUGCUGGAAGGGCACAAAGUCAGGCCAACAUUGAAGUGGAUAUCUUCCUACGGGUUACCAACUAUGAAGAGACUCUCCGCCAGUUGGAUAUGUAUUAUGGAAUCAUCAAGCGCAAGAUCCUGGCUUACCAGAGUAUCACUUUGGGAAUUUUCCCUUCCUUCUCUGAGGAAACAGACAUAGGAGAUGUUCGCACCAGCAUCAAUUGUGCCAAAGCUAUAUGGAGUCUGUUUCAGGCAUAUAGGCGAAUCGAUGAUGACCGAGGACGUUCUUAUGAACUGAGUCAGUCAGCCAUCAAGUGUAUGAGAGGUAUUCUGCAGUGUUGGCUUAGGCAGGCUUCCAGAAUAGAAAAGUUUAAGGAGCUCCAAUGUCACCAGAAUGCCCUUCAUAUUAAAUUCCAUCUUGAAACUGGUGAAGAGGUGAUCAGUGAGCAAAACUAUGGACACCUGCAGGCAAGUUGCUCGAAUAUUGAUGUCAUUUCCCUGUAUUUGAUAACUUUGACUCAGAUGAUCAAUUCAGGGCUUCAGAUCAUUUACACAAUGGACGAAGUGAACUUCAUUCAGAAUUUGGUGUACUAUGUGGAAAGAGCCUAUCGAACUCCUGAUUUUGGGAUGUGGGAACGAGGAAGCAAGUAUAACAAUGGGACCCCUGAAAUGCAUGCCAGUUCAAUUGGGAUGGCAAAAUCAGCUCUCGAGGCAAUCAAUGGCCUGAACCUCUUUGGAGAGAGGGGAGCUUCUUGGUCUGUCAUAUAUGUGGAUAUAGAUGCUCACAAUAGGAAUAGGAGCAUAUUUGAAGCCCUCCUUCCCAGAGAGUCUAGCUCCAAGAACACAGAUGCUUCCCUCCUGACAACAAUUUCAUAUCCAGCCUUUGCAACACAUGAUGAUGCCAUCUAUGUGCAGACUAAAGGCAAAGUGAUUGCAAAGUUGAAAGGUGAAUAUGGCUUCAAACGAUUCUUACGAGAUGGUUAUGGAACUGUUGUUGAAGAUCCCUGCAGGAGAUUCUAUUAUAAAGGAGAAACUAAAGAAUUCGAGAACAUCGAAAGUGAGUGGCCCUUGUUCUUUGCAUACCUCGUCAUUGACGGUAUAUUCAAAGGAGACCAGGAGCAGGUCAAAGAUUACCAGAAGCUCUUGAAGAAGAGGGUGCGACGAGACAAGUAUGGUGAUCCUUUGAUCCCUCAAUACUACUUUGUGCCUGUGGACUCUGUAUCCUACGAGAAGCAAGAUCCAGGGUCUCAGCCUCGUGUUGCAUCCAAGAAAGGUUCCUCCAGUAGCAAUGUCUUCCUUUGGGGAACAUCAGUUUACAUCAUCUCCCAGCUUCUAGUUGAGGGUCUUUUACAUGUGAAUGAGAUCGAUCCCAUCCGCAGAUAUCUUCCUUCCUACACUCGUCCUAGAAGGACGGGUCGAUACUCUGCUUUUCAGGGAACAGCAAGUGAUCUCGUCGUUCAGGUGGUCCUCAUUGCCGAGUCCAUGCGUCUCCAAGCCAUGAUGGCCACUUACGGCAUUCAGACUCAAACACCCCAUGAAGUGGAACCUGUCCAAAUCUGGCCCCCUAGUGAGCUGAUCAAGAUUUACAAGUACCUUGGAAUUUCCAAAAAGUUAGGUCUGGAUGGACGUCCCGCAAGACCCAUUGGAGCCUUGGGUACCAGCAAGAUUUAUCGGAUCUGCGGGCAGACCGUUCUCUGCUAUCCUCUCAUCUUCGAAGUGUCUGACUUUUACUUGUCCCACGACAUGGCCCUUCUCAUUGAUGACAUCCGCACAGAAUUGCAGUUUGUUGGCAGGCAUUGGCGCUUGACAGGCCGACCCACCAUCUGUCUCCUCAUUCGGGAAGAGCACAUGAGGGACCCAAAGUUCAGAGAAAUGCUGGACUUACUUGCCCAGCUCAAGAGUGGUUAUUGUGAUGGUUUAAAAGUCAGAAUGGGUAGGCUUCAGAAUCUCAUGGCUUCCUCAUGCAUUGAGCAUUUGGACUUUCUCAAUCUUGUUGAUGUGAAUCUGUUGGAAGUAUCUCCCUUUCAGCAGUUGCAACAUGCUUCCAUUGGUUAUCAGAGUUUGACUGACAUCCCAAAGGCAAUAGCCUAUUCUGAACCAAGAGUCAACUUUGAGGAGUUUGAGCUCAAAUCCACCAGUGAGAUUAUGGAAGCCCUCAAAAUGUCAGACACCAUGUGGGCUCAGAGUCAUCUACUCUGCAUUCUUCUCAGAAGAGAAGGAUUUGAUUACAUGAUUGAAGGUGUAUCGGUGAGAGAGAGGCUGGUCUUGAUUGAGAGGCAAGCCGGAAUGCUCAAGCACUGGAGUGUUGUUCGCUUCUGCUCCAGCCUUCUUCAGAAGCUGGUGCACAGUGUCUCCCCAUGCAUCACCUCGAUUCUUGUCACAGGGAAGCAGCUGACCAUCGGGGUUGUGCCCAAGCAGGAAGUUGUUCUCGACAAGCCUAUGGCUCCUUCAGACAUUCGGAGUCUCAUCUACAGCUCCAUUACACCUGAUACACAUGACAUUUUCCAAGCAGUGCUGCAGCAGGAGAUCAUCCUUUAUGCUGGAAAGCUCAUAAGCACUCAUCCAGAUAUAUUCAGUGGAAUCCUCAAGUUUCGUGUCGGAUGGGUGUUGAGGGCCAUGGAGACAUAUCAGAAGGCUUUUGUGGGCGAAGAGGCCGAGCCCCUCGAGUGUUGCAGUCCGAGUGAGAUCCGUCGCCUGCUCUUCAAAGUUCUCACCAUUGAAGAAUGGGCUGAACCUGAGAGUUUGAUUCCAUAUAUCCGGCGUCAGUUGGAAGGUUGCCUUGGCAGGGUCCCACCUGACUUUUACCAAAGAGUGUGGCAGAUUCUAAGCAAAGCUUCCAAGGGUCUCAUCAUCGGCAAGAACCUCCUUCCGCAGCAGCCGACCCUCUCCGAGAUGACCAUGUCCGAACACGGCUUUGCCAUACGCAUCGAGGAGAUGCUGAACAGCAUCUCAUGCCCAGAAUAUCGACAGGUCCUCGUCGAGCUCGUCCUGGUGAUCUCCACGAUCCUGACCCGCAACCCCGAGCUUUACUUCCCCGAACCGGUGGAUUUGGACGACCUGUUGUCAAAGGCCUUCAUGUUGACCGAGGAGGGGAAGGUCAGAGGAGACAUGAAGCCCUUCUUCAGUGCAUCUUAUGCCAAAGUCACCGGUUACUUGGCACGGGCAGUGGUCAAUCACAUCCUGUCUGAUGACAUCAGCUCCUUCAAUCUGGAUGACCAAUGCUGCAAAGUGUCAUAAACCUCAACUCCCUGCCCUUUUUUUUGUAGUCAAAAGUGUAUCUUGCCCAGGAAUAUGAUUUGACUGAAUUUGACACCUUAAGGCAGUUAUUCCCCUUACUACUGUACUUCCUUUGCUGGUGCUUGGCCAUUAGGAUUCAGCAUAUGUGCAAACGAUGGUGCAUGACAAUGGUAUUGUAAUCCCCUCUGAUGAAUCUUUUUGACUUCAUAUACUUUGUUGAAAUUUUGAUAGUCUGUGGAUGGCCCUCUUUUAGUGCCUCUAGGCAGGUAAUGCCACUAUGUGGUCUAAUAACUUGUUUAGUUUCAUGGUGAUGCAAAAUAGAUUGUUGAUCCACCUCUGACCCCAACAGAAUGUGAUAUUGUUCCUAUUGCAAUUGCUCCAUCUUUAUGAAAGCAACCUAAUCGUGCUCCUUGUCCAAUACUUUAGAUCGUCGAGACAAAGCAGCAUACCCGAGCUACCCUCGCGCACUGGUAUCUUUAUGCUGUAAUUUAUCUUCGUGUUGAAGCCUAUUAUUCUGUCAGAGCUCGUAUUUUCUCAAGCCUCUAGUGAAACUCACAGACUUAGAGCAUGUGAUCUCACUUGUGAUCCAGAGGGAAAUAUUUGCCUAAGGCGGUCAGAGGCGAGCAUCUUCGAAACAGCUAGUCAUUUGCUGGAAGCGGGUCAUCUGCAGAACAUCUCACCACAAUCAGAUCUGCAGCGCGAUCCUCUGGACGUUUUCGUGCAGCAGUCGUACCGAGCCCGAUGAUGCGAGUCGUGAUCUGUUUUUUUUGCAUCUGAAUUGUGAUCCAUUUCACACCUGUCAGCAGUCCCAGUCUUCUUGCACUUAUAACUUGUACCUUCCCU